UUCCCUCGCCCUCCCGCUCCCUGCCCGUUUCCUUCUGGAGGGGGGGUCUCUCUGCGGCGUGGGUGGCCGUCCUUGUUGCCCGCGGCGGCAGGUCGCGGGAGAGGGAAAUGCCGUCGCUGCCCGGCUCUUCUCUCUUUUCCGGGGUCGCCGUGAUGGUUUGAGUUUUCCUUCUCCGGAGGUGGGGUGGGAAGAAAAAGAAAAAGAAGAAGAAGAAGAAGAAGAAGUCGGGGCCCUUCCCCGCUUGUUCUUGGACGACCUAAGCGUUGAGUGCGCUCUCACCAUCUGGGAAAGUAGCCGGGGAGGGAGAAUCUGAUUGUGAAGGCUUGCGUGUUAUGACGACCCCCAACAAAGGAAACAAAGCCUUGAAGGUGAAGCGGGAGCCAGGGGAGAAUGGGACCAGCUUGACAGAUGAAGAGCUGGUGACCAUGUCUGUACGGGAGUUGAACCAGCAUCUGCGGGGCUUAUCCAAGGAAGAGAUAAUCCAACUCAAGCAACGCCGGCGGACCCUGAAGAACAGAGGCUAUGCUGCCAGCUGCCGGGUCAAGAGGGUAACACAGAAGGAAGAGUUGGAGAAACAGAAGGCAGAACUUCAGCAGGAAGUGGAGAAGCUGGCUUCAGAGAACGCUAGCAUGAAAAUGGAACUUGAUGCCCUGCGCUCCAAGUACGAGGCACUGCAGAACUUCGCCCGGACCGUUGCCCGGAGCCCUGUCACCCCUGCCCGGGGUCCACUUGCUUCCAGCAUGGGGCCCCUUGUUCCCGGCAAAGUUGCCACCACCAGCGUUAUCACAAUAGUUAAAUCCAAAACGGACGCCCGGUCUUAGUGAAACGAGCACUGCCUGGGCUUGUCUGUGCAGGGCAGUUAGGCACAAAGCUCAUCCGGAAUCCCCAAAGCACAACCCUCUCCCAGAUGGCCUAGCCCACACAGGCACACGGCUGGCCUGCUUGUCACUGCAGUUGCUUUGUUUUUAGCUUGUUCUGGUUGGUGGUGUGACUGAUGGUAACACAACCUUUCCAUUGUGAACAGAACCGUCCACCUAGUGUGUUCUGAAAACGGAAGCUGAAGGACCUCGGUACUCUUGCCAAAGAGAUUUUCAGCAGCAUGGAAUCCAUUCUUGGGUAGGAAUAACCCAAAGGGGAGGGAAGAGGUCAUAGAGAGUUGGAAGACCUACUGUCAGUGAUGACUUCAAUACUGUUCUUCCAGGGUUGAGUCAGCUGUCCAGUCUGCUGCUUGUAAAUUGCUUGGUAUGGGGGGGCGUAGUUUGUGUGACCAUUUUUAUAUUACCAUCUUGUUGCACGUUUGAGGUUUGAAGAUGGGAUUCCUUAGGACUUUUCCUGAAGGAGAGGGAAGUGGGGAAAUAGCUAUUUCCUGGUGUCUGUGCUGCAGAGGAAGGAAAGUAGCCAGGAAUGAACACUGUUGUAUCUACCUACCAGAGGAAGUGGGUUACAUUGCAGUGACUACAGGCCAGUUUUGCGCCUAAUGUGUGUUGCACUGAACAAGACCAAAAUCACUAGUUGUUUUCUGUGUUUGGAGAGUAUCCAGUGUCUCUAGUGUGAUGGUUUACACAACUAGUUUAUGUAGUUUAAAUACCCUUUAUUUAAAAGAGAAGCAUUCAUUUAAAGAGUUAUUAAAUGAUCUAAGUUUCAAAUCUACAAUUUGGUGAAGCACUUCUAUUUAACAGUCUCCUUUUAGCCUGAGAAGGUGAGAAUAUAUGAUUGUCAUAUUCUUGGAGACAGAAAAUGCAAAUUUUAAAAGUUUCUCGUUAAGUCUUUGUGGCUCUGAGGUUGGUUUUUAUAAAGAGUUAUUAGACAUUAAUUUAUAAAUAACAUAGGAAAAACAAAAACAAAAAAGAGGCUAGUCCUGUUUGAUAUCUUUUUGCAAUUGUACCAAAAGUGACUUAUUCUUGAAUUCCCCAUCUGCUUCUUUUGUAUUCCUGUUGUAUUUAGUUGUCUGUGCUCUGGGGUCUUUUGUGGCGCUGUGACGUGAUGGUGCCGGUGGCCACUUUGCUGUGUGGGUGUCCUGUGAGCAUUUGUUCGUUCAGCUUUCCCAGGGCUGAGUGCAGGUUUUCUUGGGCCAGUAGACCUUCUCAAAGGUUCUGUCUCCUGAGAAAAAUUACCUGAAUCUGAAGCCUGAAAAGAAUCUGUUCUUUUAAGAGGUUAACAAAACUGCUUAAUGAUAGCUGGCAGACAGUGUUGCAUUACGUAAUGUCACUUGUAUUGCAAUUGCCAUUGCAGUUGCCACAAUGGGGGCUGGAUGUUCCUAAAGGUUGAAUCCAGAAUUGCAACAGUAAUGUGUUGGAAGGGAUCACUCCUGUUAAUGUAGGAAUAUGAAACAAUUUACAACAUAUCAUACAAAGGGUCCACAAAAUAUGUUUUCUAGAGUUGGACUGUAUGUAGCAUUUGUGAAGAUCCACUAUUAUGGCAGGAUACUUUUGUUGGUAAUACUACAGAGAUUUUGUUAUCUCCUGCCUGUUUCCUUCUAUGUUUUAGCAUGUUGAGCAUUACUUAAGGAUCUAAGCCAGAAACUCAACAAGGUCUAAAGAGCAUGUGAUGGUCAACAUGACACAGGGAAGUUCAAAUUCAUUGUUUUAUCUUCUGGCUACAUAGUCUUAUGGGAAACCUAAUCUAGUUUCUCUGAAAGAGCUAGUCAUUACAAAGAAAGUUGCUUUAUUUCUCUAUUGCUUGCCUUGUAAUUGGCCUACAGGGAGGGAAUGAUGGGUGUGUUACCAAGAGGACCAUGUGAGUUUGUGUCUAGGUGGGCAAUUGACCUUUUGCCCAGAAAAUUGCAAUCAGAAUGAGCACAAUUACUGACAUCUGGUAAGCAUUGAGUACUAGCCUAUUCAGAAGACUCGAGGUCACCAUAUUUGGCCAUUUUCUAGUUAACAGAUACUAGAACCUGUUUUAAUGACACAGGUAGUGAAUUCUGGAAAUUUCCACAGCUGAGACUGGGCUCAAAAACCUCUUGUGGCUUUUCAGAAACUUUCAACUACAUGCUGGCCUCCUAGUUAGAAAGAAAAAGAAGCUUUAAUAACUUUUAAAGCAGGGUUAAUACAUUCAAAUGAGCUCUAAGGCAAGUUCCUGUCCAGAAACAACUAUUCACAAAAAUCAGCUGAGAAUCCAUUCCUUGGCAAUGAUAUUUCUGAUAUCUAUUAACUGGCAAAGUUUUGUUGCCUAGAGUAUGCUGGAGGGGAAAAGGCUUUUAAUGAGGACUUACCUUCAAAAUGUCUUCAUCAUAUCUGCUGGAACCCCCUUUUUUCUCAUUGUAAGACCAUGGUCCUCUGCAGACUAUUCACCUGAAAUAGAGGGAGGGGCACUAGUUCUUUACAGUAUCUCAGCUGCUCUUUUGACACAGUAGAUUGGAGGUGUUUUUAAUUGUUGUUUUUUGUGCUAUUCUUGGCAUAUGUGCAAAAUACGGCUGGGGGAUACAUAGGCACUAAGAACAGCAAACUUCAGAGAAAGAGAAAAAUAAGGAACCAUAUUUUAAUGUGAACAUGCACUUCCCCUGGCUCCAGAUUCUACCCAGAAAUCACCAUUGCCAUAUUAGUUGUUACUUUUUAUUUUAGAUUUAAAAGGAAUGGAUCCACAGGUUGCUGCAUACAGUUAUUACUAAAUAUUGUCUUACUAAGUCAUUUAGGUUUUGGAUCUUAAAAACUAUACCUGUGUGAAAUAAAUUGCUCUGAACUGUGUUGAGGUUACUAAAAACUGAUAAUUCCUCUUGGAAUAUGUUUUAUCACUGCUAAUUUGAAAGUCUUAGAAACCAGCGCAGAUCUGUGCUGAAUUAAUAGAGCCAGAAAUUUCCUAUGUCUAAGUGUUCCAUAUCACUCUACCUCCUUGCAUCUUUCUCUCCAUCCUAAGCUGUAGAAAAUUUCUUCCAUUCGUUGCCUUCCACUUUCUAGUCCUUGCCAAAGAAGUCCAAAUUCUGUGAAAACCAAACAAUUGUAAUCAAAAUAAGCAAUGUUCAUGCUUUCAUGUCAAACAUGCAAAUGAAAAUGUGUAAUUGGGACUUUCUCACCAUCAAAUUUAUAAACAAGAGGUGGGUUCUGGAUUGAACUUUUAGGUCUCCUGGUCAUAGCUUCCUUUGAGAGUUGCAUGAAAGGCAUUUAUGUCACCUGGAUGUAUGUAUGAGGAAACAACUCUUAUAUCUGAGCUGCCUGCUAUUUUAAUUCAAGAAUUUGCCUCUCCAUCGUUUGGCAUGCUUCUCUGUGCCAUAUUUGCACAUUGCCCCAAGGAAAGCAAGGUGAAGACAUUGGUGAUAGUUCCAUGCUGUUAAAAUACAGUUCUGUGUUGGAGUGCAUUUCUGAAAUAGGAAUUUGUUUUCAGCCAGAUGAAUAGUUUCAGAUCCCUUCAGUUCAUCCUAUAUCAUCCUAGACCAGGGGUGUCAAACUCACAUCGUCACAGUGGCAUCAUGUGAUAUAUUACAGCUUUUUUCCUCUUAGCUAAACCAGGAAUGGGCAUGGCCAGCACAUGACUCAUCUGACCCACAGCCCUUGAGUUUGACACCUCUGUCCUAGACAUUUCUGGAUUGGCAGUCUUUACUCCUUAGAAUUGGCUAAAUAAAUUUCUUUCGAUGCUUCUUCCUGGGUUGUUUGUUUUACGAUGGAGAUUCUGGAUGCCAUGAGAAGCCUCUGAUAAAGAAAGUCUGUCCUCAAGGAUUUUGCAAGAGUGGCUAGGUUGUUUUUUUUUGUAGCAAACUAAUAGUGUUCUGGCACUUUAAAAACUAUUACAUCAUCUUUUGUGGAUUAGAAUUUACUUCGUCAGAUCCAUGAGAUGAUAUUAAAUUGGCUCUGAUAUAUGUGUAUAAAUACAACUAUCUAGACACAUUUUAAAUAUAAAAAAGUACAGGCUAAUAAUUUUAUUAAAUUGUAUACACGCACACAUACAUUAAUACUAUAGUUUCCAUUUUCUGCACAGUUGGUAACAAACAUUACAAGGUAUAUUAUCUGCAUUAGUCUUUUAGUGGUCACUAAAACAUUAAAUAUAUUUGAAGUGCAAUCUAUAUUUCUUGCUGUUAGAUUUUGACUAUUCUUCCUACAGUAAUUUUUUUCCAUAAACAACCUAUUUAUAGUAUUAAUUGGCCAAUUUGGGAUAAUACUUCAUCUAUUGAAGUUGACUUGUCCACAUAAAUCUAUGCCAUAAUAUAUUUGCUUGUCUUUAAUGUGCCACAAGACUCAGUCUUUCCCUCUAAAGAUGCACCUUUUGCCCUUUUCCACGCUAGAUCAGCGAGAUGGUAUCUUCAUCUGAGUGGGUCGCAAGACAUUCUUAUAAGUAAGUGGAUAUUUAUUGAACAAUCUGGCUCCAGAACUCAGUGGUAAAUCUUCCAACUGGAGGUUGGGGAGAAGACAAGGGAACCCUUCAUACCUCCCAGCUUCCUUCACUCUCAGUCUGUCUCCUAGUGUUUUUUCUGUCCUAGAUUCCCCUUUCAAGCUCUUGCCCCUCAAUUUGUUUUCUGGUAUAUAGCAUUCAGAGUGUGAUGGUUCUUGUUUUAUAGGUGACUGUUUGGUUUUCCUGCUGUGAAGUGUGUUUUCGUUUUGUUGUUUUGUUUUGAAUGGGGCAUUUUGCUUGAUGCAACAGGUGGGGAGUGUUGCUUUCUACCUGGAUGCAGAACAGCUCUGUGAAGUAGAAUUCCGCCCUCAUGUGGCUGGCUUUGGGUGGGUGGGAAAGGUAGGGUUGUUUUAUGUCGUGGUGAAUUAUGUAAAAGUGAUAUUUUGGAUAAUGAAACAACUUUUUCUUUCCAGAAAAAAUCAAGAAAAACUGCAGGUUAAGAACUGAGGAAUGUGAUGGUUAGCAAUGGGUAUAGGCUACUCAGAUGUUAGGUCCUUGUGGAAUAUGUUCCUGGAUGAAAUAGAUGCAGGAGCAGGAGGGAAUGACGUACUGUGCAUAGAAGACAUUCAACAUUUGUUGUUCCUUGUGUCAUUGAUCAAGUUUUUGCAUCUGCUGUACACUGGCACAUCCCAGUGAAGUAGGAUAGAUAGCAUUUCACUAUAAUCUAGCAGUAAGCAGAGCUGGCAUAUCUAUAUAUUACUUUCACUUGGACUAGUAGUGUGUUCCAGUGGUACCCCUUGUCUUCUGUGCCAGUGAAGAUAGAAGCACUUUCUGACAACUUGCCUUUCACCUCUUUCUGAUAUCUCAAACUGUAUUUUGUUAGUAAAAUAAUUAACAUGCAGGAAUCUUCCUUUCUGGUUUAAUAGCACUGCUGCUGUUUCCUGUAAUAUAACAGGUGAACAGCUGUGACUGCUCAUACAAAGGAUUGUUCCUCCCUAUACCAAAAGGAUCACACAAUGGUCUAGCUGUGAGCUUCAGGGAGGUUCUUCCAAGUAGUGAGGACUUUUCCCCCUUCCAGGUCUGAUAUACAGUAUAUGUGAGCUCUAGAUGCUUGCAGCUGACACUUGCAGGAAUGAGAGGCACUGCACAGUUGAGUGAAUAGUCUCCUGAUUCCCAAUAAAGAUACGUCACUAUCUGGCUAUGCAAAGGUGUUUGGGAUUCCCGUGCCAUUUCAAGUGCGACUUGUCCUUGUCCUCACCUGCGGUUUGCUCUGAAUUUAUUACAUCCUUUGUCAAACUGGAAUAUUAUGGAGAAACUAAAUUAUACUUGGUGUACUUAAUUGAACUGAUGGACUGUUCCUCCCCACUCUCUAAAUGUUGAAGAUAGUCCUUAAAAAUAUUAAUGGAAAUGACUUCACUACUGCUUUAAAAUGUUUGUUUAAAAGGUUGGGGAGGAACAUUUUGAUAAUAAGAAAUUCAGUCUCCAAAGCUAAUACAACUGGAGAUGAAUUCUAUAUGUUAGGGGUGUAAAAGCAUACUGUCAUGUUCUGGGUCUCUCCUGUACAACAGUCGAAACCCAAGUAAUUAAUCAGUAUUUAUUGCUAAAUUAUUGUCCUUUUUCAAUCUGUAGAUAACUGUUGGGGAUUUGUUGCCACAGCCCCAGUGGAGGUGUUGUUAAUUUAUUUAUGUAUAUAGUGUAUGUUGAUAUGAAGCAUUCUUUAUUUUGUAUAUGACCAAUAAACAUCUUUAAAGAGG